AUGCUAAGUGUACUGGAAAGCAUCUUCCUUUUUGCUGCAAUUAUGGAGUCCAUCCUGGGGGUAUUAGGUAACGGGUUUAUUGCACUUGUGUACUGCAUCGAAUGUGUCAAGAAGAAGCUCUCUAUGCUUGGCUUUAUUCUCACUGGCUUAGCAAUUUCGAGAAUUUGUCUGAUAUGGGUAAUAAUGAUAGAUGGAGUAAUGGGUGUAUUGUCUCCAUAUACUUAUUACUCUAGCAACCUAAAGGAAUACAUUAGUUACGUAUGGGUAAUUAUCAAUCAUUCCAGUAUCUGUUUUGCCACCAGCCUCAACAUCUUCUAUUUCCUGAAGAUAGCAAACUUUCCCCACUACAUGUUUCUCUGGUUGAAAAGGAGAAUCAGGAGAAUUCUUCCUCUUCUAAUGGGGUUCUUGGUUAUUUCAUUAUUAAUUACUCUUCCGCAAGUCAUAAAGAUUUCUAAUGAUAAAAUGAAGAACAGAAAUACAACCUGCCAAUUCAAGAUGCAAAAAAGUGAGUUCUUUGUUCAACAGGUAUCAAUAAAUCUGGGAGUCAUCUUCUUUCUUACACUAUCCUUAAUUACAGGUUUCCUGUUAAUCAUUUCCCUUUGGAGACAUAGUAGGAAGAUGCAAUUGAAUGGCCCCGGAUUCAGAGACCCCAACAAUGAAGCUCAUGUAAAGGCAAUGAAAGUGCUGAUAUCUUUCAUCAUCCUCUUUAUCUUAUAUUUUAUAGGCUAUGCCAUAGAAAUGACAUCUUCGGUGGUGGAAAACAAAGUGAUGAUAAUUUUUGGAAUGACAACCUCAGCCAUCUAUCUCUGGGCUCACUCAUUUAUCCUAAUUCUAGGAAACAGCAAACUAAAGCAGGCCUCUUCGGAGGCAGUGCAUCAACUAAAGUGUUGUAAGAGAAGGGAAAAUCUCAGAGCCACUUAG